GCUAUGGCAACUCGAUCUAGGUACCAUUCCAAGCUGUAUUUGCUUUACUUGUGAACACGUUCGUUCGCGUAACGUACGGUUUCCUGUCGAACAGCGAACCUAAUCAAUCGGUUCAUUAAUUAGAUCACUCGUGUAUAUCAUUCUAUUAAAAGAAAAAAAACUAACUGAUCUAUGGUGGAAGUAUUUUGAACUGAGUGCUGCAGAAAUAAGAAAAUGAAGCAAGAUUACGCAUCUCAUUCUAGGACACACCAUUUGCUUGGUUUAUAGAAACCAUAUAAUCCCAGCGAAGCAUAUUCUUCAACGGGUACCCCCAUAAAAGACCAGGCGACUUGGCCGAUGGUCUUCCAAUCCAUAGGAUAGCAAACACAGUAGUAAGCAAGGUAACUCGAGCGAAAGCCACGGGGAAGACUAGAGAAAGGUUGAAGAGAGGAGACAAAAGAAGCAGAGUACAAAAUGCCAAUUGAUUUUUACUAUUUUCCACCGAGCGCACCGUGUCGGUCGGUUUUACUGCUGGCAAAAGCGAUCGGUGUUCACUUGAACUUGAAAACGGUCAACGUGUUGAAAGGUGACCACAUGAAACCGGAAUUUCUAAAGAUCAAUCCACAACACACAAUACCAACCAUACAUGACAAUGGAUUCAUUUUGUGCGAAAGUCGACCAAUAAUGGGAUAUUUAGUGAGCAAAUAUGCCAAAAACGAUUCCUUGUAUCCGAAAGAUCCAAAAAAGAGAGGAUUAGUCGAUCAGAUGCUGUAUUUUGAUGCUGGUAAUCUUUAUGAGAACAUCCUUAUCUGUUACUUUCCAGUGGUGUUUGCAAAGGAUAAUGUGAUACACGAAGAAAGACAACAAGCCGUAGAAAAGUCGUGCGAAACGUUAAACACGUUCCUCGAAGGGAAAGAAUUUGUAAUUGGAGAUGAUUUGACCAUCGCUGAUUUUACCAUCAGUACGACUAUCUGCGUUUUACAAUGUUUCGACUUCGAUAUCGGCCGGUACGAUAAUGUGGCGAUGUGGUACAAUCGUUGCAAGCAACUUUUGGAUAAAUUCGGUUUCGACGAGGUGCACGCUACAGGGACGAAGUUGUUUACCGAAUGGUAUCGGGCGAAUGUACAAGAAUCCAGUUAAAACAGAGGCUGCGAGCAACGUCUCGUCGGUGUACGACUAUAAAUUUCUUGUUGGUGCACCGACGAUGAUCGAGAUUAGACACGAAAGCUAUUUAGAUAGCUGUAAAUCAUCGUUUCGUUUAACCGAAGCUUCGUCUAGUUUGAAAUAAAGUUUAAAGCCCAGAAAUUUCCUAUAUCUACGCAGAGUUUAGAAUUCUGUUGAACUGAAUUGUAGCAUUAAUUAGCAACAGAAUAACGAUCACAGAUAUUGAUAAACAGUGAAAUAGAUAGAAAUAUUUUUAUAUAAAUAUAAAAAUUGUAUAUUUCUUCUACCAUAUCUAAACCUAUACCAUGAAUUUUGUUAGUGUUAAUGCAAAU